AUGCACAUUGAUUUAAUUGGGCCUUAUUCACCUUCUAAUGGAUACAGUUAUUGUUUGACGUGUAUUGAUCGGUUUACCUCUUGGAUGGAAGUGGUACUACCAUUAUCAAAUAUCACAGCAGAAAAUAUAGCAAGAGCCUUUUAUGAACAUUGGAUAACACGAUUUGGUGUACCUUCUUGUGUUAUUACUGACAGAGGAACAUUCAUUUCAGAACUGUUUCGAAAUUUGGCUUCGCUAUGUGGAGUAAAAGUAAGCCAUACAAUUUCUUACCAUCCUCAGAGUAAUGGGAAAAUUGAGUGUCUACACCAUACUUUAAAAACAGCUAUUAGAUGUCAUAAUUCUCUUCAUUGGACAGAAACAUUACCAACAGUUCUUAUGGGUUUGCGAGCUGCUCUGCAUGAGGACUGUAAGUAUACAAUAGCUGAAAUGGUUUAUGGCAAAACUAUUAAAUUACCUGGCGAAUUUUUUGAAGAAUCACACAUGCCAAUGUCUAAUGAUAAUUUUGUAAGUAAUCUUCGAAAUCAGAUGGCCCUCUUAAAGCCCUAUCAAUCCAAAUCCAAAUGUAAACAAAAGAUUUGUACUCAUGCUCGCAUGUGUUUCUGCGGGUUGACAGAGUAA